AUGCCGGCGUUGAGCUCCACCAUGACGGAGGGAAAAAUCGUCAGCUGGAUCAAGUCGGAGGGGGAGAAGCUCUCCAAGGGCGAUUCGGUGGUUGUGGUGGAAUCCGACAAGGCGGAUAUGGAUGUCGAGUCCUUUUACGAUGGGUACCUCGCCGCCAUUAUGGUGGAGGAGGGACAUUCUGUUCCCAUUGGUUCCCCCAUUGCUCUUCUUGCUGAAUCAGAAGACGAAAUCGCCGCCGCCGUAGCCCAGAAAUCAUCCUCCUCCUCCGCCGCUACCACCACCACCGCCAACAACCCAGCCCCCGCCCCCGCCCCAGAUAGUAUUGCUAGUGAUGUUACUCCCAGUGCCAUUACAAGUGCAAAUAUUAGUAGCAGAAGCUCUGUUGCUAAUGGUGCAACGGGGUCCUCGGUGCACUCUGCAUCGGAAGGGGGAAAAAGGGUCGUGGCAUCGCCAUACGCGAGGAAAUUGGCAAAGGAAUGUGGGGUGGAUUUGAUUGGACUAGUGGGAAGUGGCCCUAAUGGGAGGAUAGUGGCAAAGGAUGUGGAGGAGGCUGUAGCUGCAAAAGUAAGUGCAGGUAGUGCUAGUGAGGCCGCUAAGCCGAGAAGUGGUGGUGCUGCGGUGGAACUGGGAUCUGUGGUUCCAUUUACGACAAUGCAGAGUGCGGUGAUUAGGAAUAUGGUGGAGAGUUUGGCUGUGCCGACGUUUAGAGUUGGGUAUACAAUUACCACAGAUGCACUGGAUUCUUUGUACAAGAAGGUCAAGUCGAAGGGAGUAACCAUGACCGCAAUUCUAGCAAAGGCAACAGCACUUGCACUGGUUAAACAUCCUGUUGUGAAUUCUAGUUGCCGAGAUGGUAAGAGCUUCACAUAUAACAGCAGUAUCAACAUUGCGGUUGCUGUUGCCAUCGAUGGUGGUUUGAUUACACCCGUGCUUCAAGAUGCUGACAACAUUGAUAUAUAUUCCUUAUCAAGAAAGUGGAAGGAAUUAGUCAAUAAGGCGCGAGCAAAACAACUGCAACCUCACGAGUACAAUACAGGUACGUUUACCCUAUCUAACCUUGGAAUGUUUGGUGUUGACCGCUUUGAUGCCAUCUUACCUCCGGGAACUGGUGCAAUAAUGGCUGUGGGUGCAUCUCAACCCGCUUUGGUUGGUACAAAGGAUGGUCGGAUUGGCCUGAAAAAUCAAAUGCAGGUAAAUGUUACUGCAGAUCAUCGUGUGAUAUAUGGCGCUGAUCUGGCAGCUUUCUUGCAAACCUUGGCUAAGAUAAUCGAGGACCCUAAAGAUCUCACUCUUUAG